CUUUUAUCUUCACCCACUUCUUCAUCUUACAAACCAAAGUAAGACUAAUAAAAAAAGAGAAUCCACAAAAAGGUUUUUUUGUUUAGUUUCAAAAGAUGGCGAUUAACAGAUCUUUGCUUUUGAUUAUAAUUUUCAUCUCCGUUUCACUAUCGACGGCUAGGAUCUUACCGGGAGAGUUUCUUCCGGUCACCGAUGGUGUCAUGUUCUCCGGUGAGAUCCCUAAGGCGGCGGUGGUGGGUUGCGGAGGAGAGCAGGAGAGGAAGACGGAAUAUUCUUCGUUUGCUCCUCAAGUUGUCGCCGGAAAAUUCGGGUCGUUGGUGUUGAAUGCUCUUCCGAAAGGGUUUCAUCCGUCGUCUGGACCAAGCAGGAAAACUAACGACAUCAAUACUUAGAACUGUUGUUCUUUUUUUGUGUCUCAUCUUUUGUUGUCCUAAUUCGUACUUUUUUGUUCUUUAGAGAUUCUUUAAUUUGUUUACUUUCGAAUAGAGAUUAUUGUAAAUGUUACAGAAAUUACUGUAAGAGUUUAGAAAAUUAGGAUUGUUUUGGUCUUUUUUUGAGUUGAAAAAUGAUCAAGAAUGUUAAGAUUCACAUUUUGUAUCUCGAAUUAUCAAAUAUUAUCUUGAUAAAUGUUGUUCAUCAGCUUCUUUCAUUAA